AACACCACUUAUUAAUAUAGUAAAAAGGUCGCGCGGAAGCCUAUUAAAUACUACAAAUUUACAAACAAACAUAAAAAUUGACAAAAGCAUAUUAAUUAAUGCCCGUUAAUCAAUAUGAUUUUCAAUUAGGUGGAUUGUAAGUUCGUUGGAAUCGAAAUGUCAUUUAUUCAGUUCCUGGAAUUCUUAUAAACGGUUUCCGAGAAUUCGUACCAAUACCAACAAGUGCCAGGUGGAAAGGUGUGCGUGCGUCAGUGUAUUAGGUAGCGUGCACGUAAAAGUGCAAGUGUGUGUAUUCAAAACAAAUUGUUAACGAAACGACAUAUCUAAAAGAUACAAAAUAUAUAUAGUUUGAUGCGAGAAAUGCACAUUUGCACUAUCAAACUAGCCAUAUUUGUUGCCCUUUGCUUACACAGCCAACAUGCGCAGAGCAUCCAGCACAGCCAGCCUGGCUGGGUUGUCCCCAGCAGUGUUGAGCAGGUUGUCGGUGGGGAUUUCAACAUCAGCUGCAGCAUUAAUAAAACGCAUUUAGAGCAAAAGAGCUCUGAAUCCUGUGAUGUGCAAGAGUUGUAUUUCCAGGCGCGCCAUACCGAGAAGAUUUUCAAAGGAGAGCCGCAUAUACAAAAAAUAAAUGAGACGACCAUUCUUUUUAUGGCGCACAAUGCAGCUGAACAGCAGGAUGAAUAUAUGUGCAAGUGCCGCAAGUUUGCUAUCAUGCCGUCUCGAGUCUAUAUCGGCACUAAGCCACUUGAGGUUACUGACUUUGGGUGCAUUGGCUACGAUUACGUCUACAUGGUGUGCAAUUUUACGGCACCCAGCAAUAAUUUGUUAACAUCAUACAAUGUCAGCUACACUUUGAAAAACCCCAAUUACAAAUUCUUUGUGGACUGCAAUCACGAUGCUGCACCUGUAGUCACUUGCAACAUAACUGACGAGAAUUACAAGAAAUACGACCCUAUCUUCCAUUUUACGAUGGACAUUCACAACAAACUCGGCUCCAUCUCGCAGUCCUUCCAAAUAAACAAUCACUUGAGCCAGAUUCCAGCGCGUCCCGGUCACAAUCUUACAGUGGUCAAUAAAACGUCGGACUCUAUUUGUCUAUCAUGGGGUAUGGAAAGGCGCAGCAACUAUCAGAAGGGCUUGCUUUGGCAUGUUGUUGUGAAACCGCAAAACUUUCCGGAAUUAAAGCGGCCCGAAUGGCCCAACAAUACGGAUCCGCUGGUGGAGAAAUUGUGUCUAAACAAACUACCGUACGCCGGCUACAGUUAUUCUCUGAAGCUGCGUGUGCGCAGUAAUAUGACCAACUCGACAUAUAGUGACCCAUUAAAAUACAACUUCCGAACGGCGGCCGAGCGUCCGAGGCGACCGCCCAAUGUUACCCAAGGCAACUUCUACGUCUAUUCUUCGGAGGAGGAAGUUCGUGUCUAUUGGGAGCAAUUGGAGCUCUAUGAGCAGAAUGGUGAAGACUUCAAGUACAUUAUCAGCGAGUUUCGCAAAAACGGGACGAUCGUGAAUCCAGCGCCAAUUGAAGUGGAAUCGAAUUCGGUCAAAAUUAUGAAUUGGACCAAGGAUGCUCAUUACGACAUUUUUAUUAAAAGCAGCAACAUUGUUAACGACUCGAUUGAGGCCAGCCACAUGAUAAUUCCGCCAAUCAGCGAUCUAGAUUUUCGCGUACACAAGCCCAGAAAUAUUCGCAGCGUGUAUCAUCCAAGUACUAGCAGCUUUACGUUGUCCUGGGAGAAGCCUGAGGAUGAUGAUGGACUAAUUAACUACACCGUAUUCUGGUGCAAUUCGAAGCCAGCACUUCCCACGGAGUGCGAAGGAUCCAUACACUUUAAGAAUGUGAGCAGCACAGUUCGCGAAUUUACGAGGGAGGUUGACCAGACGAAGACACUUAACAUGGCUGUAUCGGCUAACUUUGAGCGCUUUAACACCGGCAUGCAUUGGCUGAUCUGCACGCGCGAUAUUACCGACGAUCUGGACAAGAUGGAGCCCAUCAUAGAUAAGGUCACGAGCACAUCUCUCACUGUAAAAUGGAGUACAGAGCGCGUCUGUCCAGUCAUACUCACUGGGUAUAAUUUGACCUAUUGCCAGCGAUCAGAGGAUAAGCCUGACAACUGCACCACAGUGGUCAUUCGCGAUCGCUACUCGAAGGUCUACGAGAUACAUAAUCUGGAGCCGUACACCUAUUAUGGCGUUCGAAUGUUAAUGUUUUCGGAAACGAAGGCCAGCAAGUAUAGUGAUGAUCGUAUCAAUCGCACGGAUGAGGCCGCCCCCACGCCGCCACGCCAGCUAGAAUUCCGGAAUGUCACCAACUCCAGUGUCACGCUCAGCUGGAAGCCACCGCUUCGGACAAACGGUGUGGUCCGUACAUACAACGGUACCUUUGUGCACAACAACAAAACUGACUAUUUCGAGCUGCCAGCCUCACCCGCUGAACUUGUUAACAAUGAGAAUAGGGUAUCGUAUGUGUUGCAUAAUCUGACUGCCUACACCAAUUACGAGAUAAGGAUCAGUGCGCGCACCCUCUUCCCUUCGAAACCCAGCGAUGCCGUACAUUUUCAGACCAAAGUUGGAGUACCUUCGCCGCCACACUUGUUCGAUCCUACAACCAAGAAUGAGCUGACUACCUUGAACUGGGCGGCCCCGAUACGACCCGCUGGUCGUAUUGAAUACUAUGAAGUGGCUGUGACCGAGACUGUCGAUGAGCGGUCUGUCAUUCGUUGUGUUAGCUACGUUUUGCCGCGCCAGAAUCGCACCUCUUUCCUGGACACCCCUAAAUGCACGUCCAGAAAUCAGUUCCAAUACCAGGUGCGGGCUGUGAAUGUGGAAUUGUUGGACGAUACUGCUGACAUGGAGUCUGAAGAAGGCGAGAAUAUGUUCGCGGAGAAUUCGUGCAACUCACAUUCGGAACUAAGUGACGAGGAGACGAACAUGAUCCAGUUGUAUCAAAAUGAGGCACGGUAUCGUCAUUACAAGUCAGAAUGGCAUUCCUAUGGAGUUAGUUGCUUGCAGGAUAGUUCGAUGCAAAAGCUAAUGUUGAAUGUAAUUGAGAUAAUUGUGGUUAUCACAUUCCUUAUUAUAUGUGGGCAUAGGGCGUAUGUUAAGUUGCGUUAUAUGUCGAACAUAGAGUGCCAGCUGCCCACUGGCAUUAUGGAAAGCUUGAAGAAGGCCAGCGAGGGUGGUACGAUGGGUUCGAUGGACUCGGGCAUAAGUAGUUGCAUUCGAGACAGCGCCACUUCGGCUCAAUACAGGCUACCGAAUUCGCAACAAGAUUUCAGCACCCACAGCAAUGAGAGCGCCAAGCUGUUAUUAUCGGCCGCCACUACACCUGGACGCUGCAAUGAAAGUGACCCGGCCAUCUAUGCAUAUCCGGAACUGCCCUCAUACAUGUCCAUGCAUCGUGAUUUUCUCGAGAAUGAGAAUGCCGUAACUGCCGAGCAGAAAUCCUCCGACUAUACUAGCGUUGCGGAACUAAACGCUGCCGCUGCUGCCGGAAAUGGCAAUAACGGCUACAUAAAGCCUACACAGAUGAAAAACUGGUCCACACCAGUGCCUAGUUCCAUGCAGGCAACGAAUGCCAAUAUGCUUCCCAAUCUAAAUAACACAACUACACCAGCCAUGGACAUGAACAUGGAAACGUUCCAGCAACUAUCGGCAUCUGGUGGCAUGCCGUUGAGUGGAUAUGUACCCGUCCAGGUUCUGCAAGCUCGGCCCGCCCCAAAACCCAGCCUGCAACAGCAACAACAACAGGCAGUCCCAUCCAUGCUCAAUUCUAGCAACUACGUACAGGUCUCGGACUUGCACAAGCUCAUGCCGCCAGUUAGUGAGCUGCCUGCGCAUGGUGGCCAGGACAAGCCAAAGCCAAUUAUAAACGAUUUUGGCUACACGACCAUGGAGCAGUUGGAGCGCGCUGGUCUGAUCAAAAGUGCGGCGACGGGUCCAACGUUAGCUCAGCAGCAGAUGUCGGCGCUGGACAACAGUCGUGACCAUUUGGGAGGGGCUGCCAACAACGGACAUCCACAAUCACGACUCAUGAGCGGAUAUGUAACACCUCAGGAAUUGAACGCGCUGGCCCAGAACCAUAAUCAGCGCCAGGUGCUGUAAAAGCCGGAUGAUGUUGCUCCAAAAGCUCAUAUUUAAAAUGGCAGCUACAAUUGGCAGCUACUAUUGCCAUUGCCAUUAACAUAAAAACAAACACAAACACAAAACCCAACUCAUACGACACAUUAGAAGCACUUAAAACUGCAUUUGCACCCGCAUCUCUGUCACUUAUUUUAACUGUAUGCCCUUAUGUAUUAUUCUUAGAAAAUAUAAAAAUCGAAAAUGUUUUUAAA